GGUUGAUUUAAAGAUCUUCUCAUUAGGCUUUCCUCUGGGCAGAUUCAACUCUCUUCAAAUCAAAUUUCCGUAAUCACAGUCUUCACUAUAUACCAUCUCCAAAAGACGACCUAUCAAUCUGCCUUACGAAAUGUCGGAAACAUCGUCAAUUGAGGCAGACAUCAUUAGACCACAGACACCUGAGGACCGGUCAAUCUAUACAGAGUCUAAGAAUCCUUCGGACUCAAUUGCGUUAUUCAAUGUGGAGGACAGUGCUUGGUUGAGCAUUCCAAGGAAAGGGAAUUUUGAGUUCAAAAUCUUUGCAAGAAAGCAAGAGAAGGGAAAGUUCGUGUAUCAAGUCAAGGACCCAAAGACUGGGGCUCUGUAUCAGGAAGGUGAAUGGGUCAAACAGGAAAGGCUCGAUUCAGCUUGAUUAUGCGGCUUAUGGUGGGGCCGAUAUUUCAUUGGCUGUACAUGACAGGCUGUAAUUGCAUAAGCUCUAGUGCAACCCGCCAUUUGCAGCCGUGUAUCUCAGCUGAGUGCUUCUCGCAGGCAUUGCUAUUGCCCAUUUUUUAAAGAUGAAAAAAAAAAAUGGUACAGAUUUCAUUGUCAAGUCUUAUAGCCUCAAAGCCA